UGUGUCAGUCUGGAGGGGUGGGUGUUCCCAGGCAGGCUGAAAUGGGGCGGAGCUCUAUCUGACUGGCUGCAGCUUCUAAUGCACAUUGUGAGAAGCUCCCAGUGUGCGGUGACAUCAGAGGAAGCCAUUCCAGUCCAGGGGAGGAGCUGGUACACCUGUGCAAGACUGAAGGGGAGGAGCCAGUACACCUGUGCUAGACUGAAGGGGAGGAGCCGAUACACCUGUGCUAGACUGAAGGGGAGGAGCCAGUACACCUGUGCAAAAGUGAAGGGGAGGAGCCAGUACACCUGUGCAAAAGUGAAGAGGAGGAGCCAGUACCUGUGCAAGACUUAAGGG